UCUUCUCUCUCCUUCUUACUUUCUCUUUUCUUUCUCUCCCAACGUUCCAAUUUCCUCUGUACUAGCAAACCACCCCAGCGGACCAGGUAAGUCCGAGUCCCCCCUUUACGCACAGCACAAGCUCUCAAAAAAGCGACACAAAAAAUGGGUUUUCUUUUCGUGAAAACGGUUGUAAUCUCCACCGGAAUAGUGUCCAUGGCAAUGGGGCUGAAGCUCACAGUUCCACUCCUCACCGAAGCCGUACCUUCCAUCUCCACCUUCUUCUUCACUUGUCUCACUCCUCCUUACCUCUACCUUCUCCUCAACUUCAUCAUUCUCUCCAUCUUCGCCACCUCUAAGCUCACCCACCACCACAACCACUCUCCGCCAGACUCGCCUCCCGAGACCCUCCUCUACCACGCACCCGAACCACUCAAGAUCUCGCAAAAUGACUACAGCGGCAUCGUUUCGGAAGAAUUCCUUUACGAACCACCGAAAACCAACGAAACCGUCACAAACGACGAGAACUUACCGUUGAAAACGACGGUUACCGUAUCCGAAGAAGCCGUUGGCAUGCAGAAGAAGGACUCCUCGGAUCUCGAUUUGGCGUUCUCCGAUGAGAACCAGAAACCGCCAGUAUCCGCCAGGUUCAGCCACCGGAAAGCUGCUAAAGCAAGUCCAGAAGGAGGGAAGAUGGUUGCGUUGGGAGUAGCGAAGCCGAAGAGGCAGGACACGCUGGAGAGCACGUGGAGGACCAUAACGGAAGGUCGGCCCAUGCCGCUGACCAGGCAUCUCAAGAAAUCUGACACGUGGGAACAGGCUCGCCGGAGCGCCACUCCGUUGACGGAUCUCAACGGCGGCGAAGGAGGUAAGACGCCUCCUCCUCCGAAGAUGAAGAAGGCCGAGACAUUCGGCGGGAGGGAGAACAACGUUUCUCCGGCUGGUGGCAGCAGCAGCGCUGGCAGGCUGAGGAAGGAGCCAUCACUGAGUCAGGAUGAGUUGAAUCGGCGAGUUGAAGCGUUCAUUCACAAGUUCAAUGAAGAGAUGAGGCUGCAGAGGCAGGAAUCGCUGAGGCAGUACCGUGCGAUGGUAAAUGGCGGAGUUCACUGAGAUUCAGAGACUGCCAUUGCUGUUGUUUUUACAGAUUUGCCCUUCGAAUUAGGGAAUAGGAGUUUUUACCCUUUUUGUUUUUUGUAAAGCAAUGGAUGAAAAGAAAUGGAUACGUUUUUGUAAUGU